UAGAGGCUUGGGACUUGGGUCUCUCUAGGUACUGUUUUAGGCACUGCCACUACCUUGGUAUGUGCUUGUGUAAGUAAACAAGAAUUGGGGUGGGAAGCAAGAUGCGUGUAUUUAAGGUUAUGAUUAUACUAGCACUUUUGUAGGUAAAACUCGUCGAUCGGUGUAAAAAAUCACACCCCUGACUGACAUAAGUUUCACUGACAAAAACGCUGGUGUGGACAGCACUUUGUCGGCAGGAGACCCUCUCCCCUUAUGCCUACAAAGCUACUGCUCAUCAUUGGGGAUGGUUUAAUUAUGCCAUCAGGAGAGAGCUCUCCCUUACUGCAGCUGCAGCAGUACAGCUGUGCCACUGUAAGAUCUGUAGUGUAGACGUAAGGUACAUCUACACUAUCCGCCGGAUCGGCGGGUAGCGAUCGAUCUAUUGGGGAUCAAUUUAUUGCGUGUAGUGUAGACGCGAUAAAUCGAUCCCUGAUCACUCUCCCGUCGACUGAUGAACUCCAGCUCGGCAAGAGGCGGAAGCAAAGUCGACGGGGGAGCCGUGGCAGUCGAUCCCGUGCCGCAAGGAUGCGAAAUGUUGGAUGAAAAUAACCAUCUUAUUCAGUGUAUAAUGGACUAUCAGAACAAAGGAAAGACCUCAGAAUGCUCUCAGUAUCAGCAGAUGUUGCAUACAAACUUGGUCUACCUAGCCACUAUAGCAGACUCCAAUCAAAACAUGCAGUCUCUACUACCAGCACCACCCACACAGAAUAUGCCUAUGGGUCCAGGAGGGAUGAGUCAGAGUGGCCCUCCCCCACCUCCACGUUCUCACAACAUGUCUUCAGAUGGUAUGGUAGGUGGGGGCCCUCCUGCACCACACAUGCAGAGCCAGAUGAACGGCCAGAUGCCUGGACCUAACCAUAUGCCUAUGCAAGGACCUGGGCCUAAUCAACUCAGUAUGACAAACAGUUCCAUGAACAUGCCUUCAAGUAGCCAUGGGUCCAUGGGCGGUUAUAAUCACUCAGUGCCAUCUUCGCAAAGCAUGCCAGUGCAGAAUCAGAUGACUCUGAGCCAAGGACAGCCCAUGGGCAACUAUGGCCCCAGACCAAACAUAAACAUGCAACCAAACCAAGGUCCAAUGAUGCACCAGCAGCCACCUCCUUCCCAGCAAUAUAAUAUGCCACAGGGAGGUGGGCAACAUUACCAGGGACAGCAGCCACCAAUGGGAAUGAUGGGCCAAGUUAACCAAGGAAAUCACAUGAUGGGUCAGAGACAGAUUCCUCCGUAUAGGCCACCACAGCAAGGCCCACCACAGCAGUACUCAGGCCAGGAAGACUAUUAUGGGGACCAAUACAGUCAUGGUGGACAAGGUCCUCCAGAAGGCAUGAACCAGCAAUAUUACCCUGAUGGUCAUAAUGAUUACGGUUAUCAGCAACCGUCGUAUCCUGAACAAGGCUACGAUAGGCCUUAUGAGGAUUCCUCACAACAUUACUACGAAGGAGGAAACUCGCAGUAUGGUCAGCAGCAAGAUGCAUAUCAAGGACCUCCUCAGCAGCAGGGUUACCCUCCACAGCAGCAGCAGUACACAGGCCAGCAAGGUUAUCCAGGACAACAGCAGGGUUAUGGUCCUUCACAGAGUGGUCCAGGACCUCAGUAUCCUAACUAUCCACAAGGGCAAGGCCAGCAGUACGCAGCAUACAGGCCCACACAGCCUGGACCACCACAGCCACCACAACAGAGGCCUUAUGGAUAUGACCAGGGGCAAUAUGGAAACUAUCAGCAGUGAAAAAGUACUUACAUUCCAGUAUCUAUUAGCAGCCAUAUUGUCUCCUCAGCACUGUGGACAUCUCCCUGUGAAGAGAAUCUCCCAUUCCAUCUAGCUUUUGGAAAAAUAUUGUGGAUAAAUGGCUGUUUUACAAUAUACAGUCUUUAUGGGCUAGUUAUAAAAGGCUGUAGCCUUUCAAAAACUCUGAUUUCACAACCAUACUCUAGAUGGCAAUAUUGGACAGAAAAUGCAUUGACAUAACCAGUUUUCAGUGAGUUCGGAACUGUGCAUCAAACAGACUGUUACAGACUGAAAGGCGUGAACAGCUUUGUAUGUUUAUGAAGGUUAUGGGAAUUUAAUAUUUUUUCCACAAAUUCUUUUGUAAGGGGAAGGGGGAAAUGUACACUUUUUACAGCAGCAAUAUUUUGUAUAUUGUUUUUCAUGUGGUGAAUAUGCAAGACAGUACACUACUCACUGGACAGGAUCAAAAAUCUGCUGUUAAUAUGGAUUGGGGGCAUGAUAAAUGCUUGAUUGUGUUGAUCUCAAAAUGGUGUAUAAUAAAGGUGAAUAAAGACAUAGUAUAUUGUACAUUACCGAUAGGCUCUUGUACAAAGAAUUGAAUCCCAGUUACCUAAACAGGAAGGUAAUCAAGAACAGUAUGAUAUAGUCUUGUGCAAAGAAUUAAUUUUUUAAGCUUUCCAAUUUUUCUGAGUGAAGCAUUUUUGUAAAGGUUUCUAAUGUAGUUUGACAAUUUUUUGCAACAUGGUUUGGUACCCAGAAAAAUUGUUCAAACUGUAGGUGUUUUGUCACAGCUUAACAUAAACCAAGCCGUAAUCCCUUUCUAAUUGCAGUAACAAAGAAUAUGACAAUGUUAAUUUUACCUGGUUUGAAUAUGCAAAGAAUUAAAAAACUAACACUGAAGACAGGUCAAACUGUAUUGUAUAAGUGUAUUUUAACCUUUAGUUGGAUAAUUUGUAUGUAACAAACUAGCAUAGAAGAAUUUGUAAAUCUCUAUCUAAACUUUCUUAACUGGGAAUUAAUACCCUUAGAAAGGAGGCAUUUUUUAUGUGUAUCCAUUUUUCUUACUGGUUAAUAUGAGACCAAGGUAUGUUUUAGAUUAUCACAUAUAAACCCGCUGGUGAGGUAAAUGCCAAAUUUUGUUGUGAACUGCAUUGAUGCUUAUAGUGUUGCAUGUGAGAUAGAAGCAGCACGCUGAUCAAUAGCGUAGUAGACAAAUUGGUUUUGAAACCAUCCUGCGACUGUAGUUCAGAUAUGUGAAGGGAUAUUCUGUUGUGCAAGAAUACAUGCGUUCAGGACUUCUUGGCAACCUUUAUGAAGGACAUAACUUAAAAAUAAAAUUAGCCCAGGAGUAAAAUAAUAUUUUUUUUCCACAGUUGGCCAUAAUGUUUUAACAGGGAGAAAGCAAUUGUAAUACUUCGUAUUUGAAUGAGCAAAACAAACACAGAAAACAAAAGUUUUAAUUUGUCCAUUGUUUUUAAAGGGAGAACUUUUUUUUUUUUAAGCUUAAAGUUGAUCGGUAGAAAAUGCACAUCAAGGUUUGAACAGAUAACGCAUGAGGAGCAUUAUUAUGAAUGAAAUGCUUGUAGGUUCUGUGCCAAUUUUCCACCACUGUGUACUUCAUUGCUAUUUAAAACUGUAUUCCAUCAACUCUAAAGGAAGAAUAAAUUAUUUGUGAUUUUAA